AUGUGUAAGGGUAGUCAAGUUUCCGAUCACAUCACCGGUGAUUCAAAACCGAAGGGCAAUGAUGAUGAAGAGUGGGAUUGCGUUGAUGCUCCCAUUAAAUCUUGGUUCUUUUCCACCUGUGAUCCAAGUUUAUUACAAAUUAUCUCUAGUGAUCACUGUACUGCAAAAGAUUUGUGGGAAAAUCUUGAAAAAUUCUUUUUGAAUAAUAAGAUGUCCUGUAUGCUCGAACUACAAGAUCAAUUCCGUAAUACACGCAAGGGUUCUUCCUCAAUCACUGAAUUUUGCCACACAUUAAAGAAUCUUGUUAAUGACCUUAAAGAUGUUGAUUCAUCUAUUACGGAAGUCGAACUUGUAAUGCAAAUCCUACGUCAAUUACCCCCCUCCUACCACAAUAUUAUGGAUGUGAUUACCAACACGAAACCAUUCCUAACUUUUCUUGAAGCAAAAAAUAUGUUACUUCUCCAUGAAUCACGUGAAGCUAAUAGUGAUUCCACCACUGAAGCACCUUUUACAACAAGUGCCGCUCUUUAUUCCUCCUCAACAAAUUCUGGAAAGUCAAAGAACAAAUGGUCCAAAUAUCGCAAAAACAACAAAAAUGCGUCAAAAGGAGGUGGUAAUCAAGGUAAUUUGGCUGCUCCUAACUCUUUUGCAGGUAUUCUUGGGAAUGCUCAAGCCUACUAUGCCAACAUGGCAACUCAGCAACUCGGAAAUCAAGCUUCUGGCAGCUUUAUUACAGGAUCACAACAGCAACACAUGCCACUGUCGAGCCCAACUCAACAGCCUAUCAACUUUCAUGUUGGGCUUCCUGCUGCCCUCCGCCAGCCCACAGCCUCUUGGUCCAGCCUCUUUCCCCGCCACUAA